AUGGAAAGGGAUGUAACCCCAUUCAUUGGACAUAAGUUGACACUUAAGACAUAUGGCAGUCAUCGGUGUUUGAGUGGCAUAUCGCCGGACACUACCAUUCAAUUGACGCCUCAAGUGACUGUUACUCCCGACACGGAAAAUGUGAUCGACUUAUCCGCCGGCGCUCUCGACGCCAGUACUUUAGCCGAGACUAUCGUCAACACGAGUGACCUCCCGGUGACGGCACUCAAC